AUAAUAUGGAAAAAGGGACUUGUUGCAUCACUAGGAAGAAUUCGAAGUGUUCUUUGCUUAAGCAUGAAUUAAGCCUUCAGGAUUGUCGGCUGAUGAAUUAGCCGUAGUAUAGAAAAAUAAAUGCCAAGCAUAAAAACAUUACAAAGCUAAUUUGUCUGAUUCUUCCUUUCUUUGCAACGCUGUUCUCUCUUUCCUGGCAGGAAAGGGUACGGUUGGGAUGGUGUUAGCAAACGAAUCGAGUUCUUUUUUGAGGAUUUAUGCAAUAUAAUUCUUCACGUAACUUUGUCCUGAAUAAAAGGACAUGAAUUUUCAAGAGCAGCUGCGGGUACUUGAACGGGGGAAGGAGGUCGGCAAGGGGCCCAUUGGAAGUGAAGGGCGAGAAAGCGGAAGAAAAAGAAGAUGAGAUUCCAGCACUUCCACUUGGUCUUGUUGUCAGCGCUGUGCAUAAUGCUGAGCAAUGCGGAUGGCUUGGCAUGCAACUGGGGAACGCGCUCAACUCAUCCCCUUCCUCCCAACAUAGUAGUGCGGCUGUUGAAGGACAAUGGAUUCGACAAAGUGAAGCUGUUUGAAGCCGAGCCUGGACCUCUUAAGGCUCUCGGCAAUUCCGGCAUCCAAGUUAUGGUCGGCAUCCCCAAUGACCUCUUAGCAUCCCUCGCAACCGACGCCAAUGCUGCUGCCGCUUGGGUGUCCCAAAAUGUGUCCUCUUACAUUUCCAGAAAUCGUGUCGACAUCAGGUAUGUCGCGGUGGGUAACGAGCCGUUCCUGAAAAGCUACAACGGGAGGUUCGUCAACUCCACCUUCCCGGCACUCCAAAACAUUCAAGCGGCUCUCAUAACUGCAGGGCUGGCCCGGCAGGUGAAGGCCACGAUCCCUCUCAACGCGGAUGUGUAUCAGAGCGAUUCUGGUCUUCCUUCCGGAGGCAACUUCAGGCCUGACAUUCACGACCUCAUGAUCUCCAUCAUCAAGUUUCUCCACCAAAACGGUUCUCCUAUCUCCAUCAACAUCUACCCCUUCCUCAGCCUCGACGCCGACCCCAACUUCCCCAAAGAAUUCGCCUUCUUCGACGGCUCCGCGCCCCCUGUCGUCGACGGCUCCGUGACUUACACCAAUGUGCUGGAUGCCAACUUCGACACCCUCGUUGCGGCUCUUGAAAAGAACGGUUUCGGGUCCAUGCCCGUCAUGAUCGGCGAGGUAGGAUGGCCCACUGACGGGAGCUCCAACGCCAACUUGAGAAAUGCGCAGAGGUUCAACCAGGGCCUUGUGGAUCGCAUAGUGAAGAGAGAGGGAAGUCCCAGGAGAGCUGCCCCGCCGGAUAUAUACGUGUUUGCACUUGUCGACGAGGAUGCCAAGAGUGUUGAUCCGGGCAAUUUUGAGAGACACUGGGGCAUGUUCAACUACGACGGAUCCGUAAAAUACCCCGUGAGAUUGGGGAAUGGGAAAGCACUGGUGGGUGCCAAAGGAGUGAGGUAUUUGCCCAAGAGAUGGUGCGUCGUGUCGCCUCAAGCGGCUGUGUCAGACCCCAACAGUUUGGGACAGAGCAUCAACGAAGCCUGUGCACGUGCCGAUUGCACCAGUCUUGCUCCCGGCUCGUCUUGCGCCGGCCUGGACCCCAGGACCAAUGCUUCGUAUGCAUUCAACUCGUAUUACCAGACCAUGAAUCAGAGUAGGGAUGCGUGUCAGUUCCACAACAUGGCAAUAAUCACCAACGUGGAUCCUUCGCCCCCUCAAAGUAGCUGCAGGUUCAAGAUCAUGAUUGAUACCAGGAAGCGCGCUGCAAAUAGGACCAUCCCCACCACACCCUCCUCUCCUUCGGUGGCCGCACCAGUAGACCGGCCCUUGCUCCUGCUGGUAUCCAGCUUCAUCCUCCUCAUCAUUUAUUGUUAGUUAACGUCGCAAAGCCAUCAGGAUUCCGGUUUAUCUUGUUAUUCUGAGUGACUUGCAUUUUUUAAUAAAAUUUCAACCUUUUUAACUUUUAGGGGUGACAAAUA